UUGAGAGCACACUGACAAGUUUGAAAGAGGGUUUUGAGAGGGGUGCUGAAGUGAACGGAGGUUAAAAGAAGCAAGCUAGGGCACUUGCCUUUGGAUUAUUUGAACCCCGUAACGACCGAGCAACAGGAAAGUGGUCAUGGUACAGCAAACGGAGCACAACGAGACCGACAGCAGCAUGUCGCGGGAAAACACAGACUCCGAGGAGAGUGAGAUGAUGGCGUGUAGCCCGGUGCCUGUGAAGCCGGACUGGUGCAAGACGGCGACAGGGCAUAUCAAGCGGCCAAUGAACGCUUUCAUGGUUUGGUCGAAAAUCGAGAGGAGAAAGAUUAUGGAGCAGUCUCCCGACAUGCACAACGCAGAGAUCUCCAAAAGACUUGGCAAGCGGUGGAAAAUGCUCAAAGACUCCGAAAAGAUCCCAUUCAUCAGGGAAGCCGAACGGCUACGGCUCCAACACAUGGCCGACUACCCAGACUACAAGUACCGACCCAAGAAAAAACCAAAGCUUGCCAGUUCUGCUAAACCAGCUACCCAGUCGCCCGAGAAGCCGAGUAGCAAAGCUGCCAAGACUGUUGUCAAAAAAAUAACAAAACUCAAAACCAGCAAGCCCAUCUCUGCACGAGCCCCUCAAGACUACAGGUAUGUUUUUAACAACUUGAAAGUGAGCAAAUCGGUUAAAAGGGAACUUACUGACGACGAAGAUGAUGAUGAUGAUGACGAUGACGACGACGACGAUGAUGAUGAUGAAUUUGAGGAUGACUUUCCCACCCGGAUUAAAAUCGAGGAGGACCGGGAGCCUAUCCGUCCGUACAGCAUCGCCAAAGUCCCCUCCAGUCCCACACUCCGCUCAACGGCGGAGCCUGAGGGGGCUAGCAUGUACGAGGAGUCGCGGAACGCCAAUCUGAAUGCUUCGGGCAGACUCUUCUACAACUUCAAGAAUAUCACCAAGCAAACCACGAUGUGCCAGACCUCGUCCAUCUCACCAGCGUCUUCAUUCAGGUCCAUAUCUGCCUCUUCAAGCUCCAGCGACGACGCCGACGACUUGCUGGUGGACUUUAGCUUAAACCUGGCAUCCGGUGUUCAUGGACCCGAGCUGGGGAACACGAGCUCAGGAAAUCUGUCUCUGUCCUUCGUCGACAAAGAUCUAGAUUCCUUCAGCGAGGGCAGCCUCGGCUCUCACUUCGAAUUUCCGGACUAUUGCACCCCCGAGCUUAGCGAAAUGAUUGCCGGGGACUGGCUGGAGGCGAACUUUUCUGAUUUAGUAUUCACCUACUAAUGUUCAGGUUUAUGUUUAUUUACCAUUCGAGUUGGAAGCGGCUGCCGGGCACGUUCAGCACACGGCAUGCGCUCUGUUUCUCGGAGAGAGUUGCAAAGAAGCUGAAGUUGGAUAAGUGAAGGGACGGUACUGUUGCAAAAAAAGUGACAUUUGUCACCAUGACUGACAGGGUUUAUGGAUGUGAUAUGCAGGCAGUCAGACUGCUGGGGUGGAAGCGGCAUUCUCCUCUCUGUGUGAUCCUGAACUAUGCACAUUCUCUCUGAGCAUCAGCUCAGAGAUCGUUCAGGACUUUUCAGUGAUGUCUGUGUCACACAACAAUGUUUCUUUUUAACCAAUCCCAACUCCCUCUAGGUAUGACCAUUCUGAGCAGCUCUCAAACCGCUCCGAAACCCAGGUAUGGCAGGAAGCAUUUUGAUACAUAACCAACAUACCUCAUCUUUUUAAAAAAAGAAGUAAACUAUUUUCAAACAUAUUUUUGUACAGUUUAAAGGGAAUGUUCUUACUGUGCGCACAGUAAGUUUUCAGGCACUUCUACCCGGUUUUCCUUUCCUUUUUUUCUGCAUGCAAGGGUUGAAUGACAGACCAACUUGCAUCGGAAUGCCUUGCCAUGAUUUUAAAAUAGGCGUGUACAGUUGUAGAUUUAAAACCUGCAGGAUAACUGUAGGAAGGCGAAGUUGUGGGGACUUAGACCUCAUCGCUGGUACUAGCUGAUUGUAUAUGUUCUGUAAAAUAGAAAAGUUAGGAAUUUAUGUAUAUUGGUGUGAAUGGGUCCCACAUAGCAGAUGUGAAACUGGAUUUUCUUUGUUUUGUUUUACAUUUCUAUCAUCUUAAUGGCACAUAUGUUUGUUUCUUCAUUAUUUUGUGCAAUAUACCUUAUAUGAUGGACCAUCUGCGUUUUGUAGCAAAUGAGAUGCGUUACAUGUUGUCAUGCUGAAAGUCUGUAUCUUGACAAAAUCGAAUAAAUCAGCUGGAACUGA